UCCCAAAGUGCUGGGAUUACAGGCGUGAGCCACCGCGCCCGGCCGAUUGUUGGUUUCUUUCUAACAGAGAAAAGGAAUUGAGAAUGAGCAGGGGAUGGGCCGGGCAGGGGCCAGACAGUGAAGGUGGGAGCAGGGGAAGAAGAUGGAGCCAAGAAGCUGCUCUGGAGAGGAGAGAAACGAAAGAGGAGACCUCGGACCCUGGAGAAGGGCAGGGAGAGAGGCGGCGGGGGAGGAAAUUGAUGUUGCCACCCGGGGAAAAUAGUGAGGAAAAGGUAGAAAGAUGUAGAGGUAUUUUGUGAUUUUUUUUUUUCCAUAUAGUGCUUUUGAUGUUGUCCUUCGUCUUCCAUGUUGUCCUUCGUCUUCCAUGUCUAGCUCUGUAUUUUCUCUAAUGCACAGUACAAUUUCAAGAGUUUCUCUGCAUAGCGCCUGAACUCAUCUUCCACACUUUCAGUAGCACAUGCACGUGGGAAGCUGCCUGCGAUGAUCUCAUUCAUUUCUGUGGCUUUAACUCCACCUUUUGGAUGAUGACUUAGACAUUCAUAUUUCCAGUUGACCUCUUCCCUGAACUCUACCCACCUGACAUCACCAUUUACAUCUCAAAUACCAUAACUUCUGCCCCAACUCCAUUUCAGACAAACUGGCUCACCUUUGCAGUUCCCUCCACCUUUUCCUUUCAGCACUUUGCCUGCCUGGCUUCCAACGGUCACAUCUCAGCCCAAAUAUCACCUCCUCAGAGACGCCCACCUGGGUAUCCUGAUAAAAUAAGCCCACCUCCCCCAGUUGCAUUGCUCUACCAAUAACAAGACCACCUUACCAACAACAUUCCCUUAGUUCCGUCAUAGUACAUGUCACAAUUUAUACAUUUUUGUUUAUUUUAUUGUUUGCUUAUUUAUUUUGUCUCCAUCGACUAGAACAUAAACUCCUUGUGGACAAAAAUUUCAUCUUUUUUGCUGAAGAGGACUUUGCACAUUGUAGGUGCUCAGUAAAUCCGUUGAUUGAAUGAAUGGAUUCAUCUAUGAUGACCGACAAUAAAUGAUCCCAUGAAGAGCGUCUCUGCACCGUAUCAUUAUUGAUACGGCCACAUGCUAAUGAGUAGAAUUUCACAGCAGUUUACAGUUUUAAUAGCACAUUCUUAUGUGUUAUUAUGUUUUUCUUCACCAGAACCUAUCAAGGAAGUUACUAUUUCUAUCCCCACUUUACCCUAAGGAAACUCAGUUCAAAUCACAGCUGAGUUUAAGGCACAAGGUGGAGAACACAUCAGCUUCAAAGGCAGAGAGAAUCGAAGGUGUUCUCCAGCUUUGGACACUUCCUCUGCUUGAGGACACCUUGACUAACCUCCAAGGGCAACUAAAGGAUCAAGAAAGGCCCAGCACAGCAGAAGACCAGCUGGAUCUAGCUCCUGCAGGAGAUGUGUACAAAGACAAUCCCAGUCCUCUGGGGAUGUUUCCUCCUGUGGAAUCUCUAUGUCUCAUCCUCUCAGACCAUUUACCCUGGAAUCAAGGCAAGGAUUACUCAGAGGGCACUUGACUAUGGUGUUCAAGCUGGAAUGAAGAUGAUUGAGCAAAUGCUAAAAGAAAAGAAACUCCCAGAUUUAAGUGGUUCUGAGUCUCUUGAAUUUCUAAAAGUUGAUUAUGUAAACUACAAUUUUUCAAAUAUAAAAAUCAGUGCCUUUUCAUUUCCAAAUACCUCAUUGGCUUUUGUGCCUGGAGUGGGAAUCAAAGCGCUAACCAACCAUGGCACUGCCAACAUCAGCACAGACUGGGGGUUCGAGUCUCCACUUUUCCAAGACACAGGAGGGGCUGAUCUGUUUCUCUCCGGAGUCUACUUUACCGGUAUCAUUAUCCUAACCCGAAAUGACUUUGGUCAUCCUACCCUGAAGCUCCAAGAUUGCUACGCCCAACUGAGCCAUGCCCACGUCUCAUUUUCCGGAGAACUCAGUGUUCUGUAUAACUCCUUUGCUGAGCCCAUGGAGAAACCCAUUUUAAAGAACUUAAAUGAAAUGCUCUGUCCCAUUAUUGCAAGUGAAGUCAAAGCGCUAAAUGCCAACCUCAGCACACUGGAGGUUUUAACCAAGAUUGACAACUACACUCUGCUGGAUUACUCCCUAAUCAGUUCUCCAGAAAUUACUGAGAACUACCUUGACCUGAACUUGAAGGGUGUAUUCUACCCACUGGAAAACCUCACCGACCCCCCCUUCUCACCAGUUCCUUUUGUGCUCCCAGAACGCAGCAACUCCAUGCUCUACAUUGGAAUCGCCGAGUAUUUCUUUAAAUCUGCGUCCUUUGCUCAUUUCACAGCUGGGGCUUUCAAUGUCACUCUCUCCACCGAAGAGAUUUCCAACCAUUUUGUUCAAAACUCUCAAGGCCUUGGCAACGUGCUCUCCCGGAUUGCAGAGAUCUACAUCUUGUCCCAGCCCUUCAUGGUGAGGAUCAUGGCCACAGAGCCUCCCAUGAUCAAUCUACAACCAGGCAAUUUCACCCUGGACAUCCCUGCCUCCAUCAUGAUGCUCACCCAACCCAAGAACUCCACAGUUGAAACCAUCGUUUCCAUGGACUUCGUUGCUAGUACCAGUGUUGGCCUGGUUAUUUUGGGACAAAGACUGGUCUGCUCCUUGUCUCUGAACAGAUUCCGCCUUGCUCUGCCAGAGUCCAAUCGCAGCAACAUUGAGGUCUUGAGGUUCGAAAAUAUUCUAUCCUCCAUUCUUCACUUUGGAGUCCUCCCACUGGCCAAUGCAAAAUUGCAGCAAGGAUUUCCUCUGCCCAAUCCACACAAAAUCUCAUUCAUCAAUUCAGAUAUUGAAGUUCUUGAGGGUUUCCUUUUGAUUUCCACCGACCUGAAGUAUGAAACAUCCUCAAAGCAGCAGCCAAGUUUCCACGGAUGGGAAGGUCUGAACCUGAUAAGUGGACAGUGGAGGGGGAAGUCAGCCCCUUGAUUGCCGGUUUGCAAUUCACCCCAGGAAGUAAAUGGUCCUUAAUCCUACAACUACUGUAAACCCAGAAGGGAAAGACAGUACACACUGGAAUUGUAAAGCCCUUGUGAAUUGCUUAGGCAGAAAGUUUUCUUUCUUAAGCCUUCAGGAACCCAGAAUAAGGCAGACUGUGUUAAAGGGCUAAAUAGAGGUGUCUGAAUGUGAGUGUAUGCAUGCUGCGUGUGUCUGUGUUUAUGUUUGUUUGUUUGUUUGGGGCAAGAAAGAUUCUAGGACAAGAGCUCGGCAUGUACUUCUGACCAGGUGGGUAAGAAACUCUAAGUCUGUAUUUGUAUUGGUCAUUCUCAGUGGAAAUCCCUUAGGCCCUCUAGUGGUUUUCCCCUACCUGCAUAUUGGUUUUCAUGUUUUAUAUUCACUGUUACUAUCUUCUGUGUUUAAUUAAAAUUGUUUUCUAUCAACUUCAA